UGCAGCGGUAGCAGCAACGGCAGCAGCAGCCGUCGCGGAGCGCAACCCGAGGCAGCGAGCGAGUGCGCGCACGCGUGGCUCCGACCUGGGCGCCUCAUAGGUACAGCAGCACUAGCAGCAGUCGCAGAGGCGAGAUGCGCCCCUCCCCGCGGCGCCCGCUGCUCCGGCCGCGCGGCUGAGACGACGACCGACUGACCGACUGGCGGGCCAAUGCUGCCGCCGCCACCGCCGCCGCUGCUGCUUCCCGUCCGCGUCUAACCUCCAAAGCCACUGGCGCAAGCUCAUGUCGGGCCGAGCGCGGCCUGCUGCGCCUCUCGGCGCUCCGGCCAGCGAGCAGCCCAGCGCCCCCGCCUGAGGCUGGGCCCAGCCCAGCAGCGCCGGGCGCAGCCUGCCCCGCUCCGCCUCCGUCGAGUGCCUGGUCGCGGCGAGCCCAGUGCCCCGCUCCUCCUGCUGCUGCUGCUGCUGCACGAGCCUCGUGUGCGAGGACAGCGCGCAGCCAGAACGCUCCGCCGCCGGACGUGCGUGAUGAACGAGAGCGGCGCCCGAGCUACCUUGACUGCGGUGGCGAGCUCGAGGUAAAGGCAGCAUGGCGAGCUCCACGGAGGACUACGGCUCGGAGCUACAGGAGCUGCAGUGGGGCAUCGGGGGUGGCGGCGGUGGCGGUGGCGGCGGCGGCGGCGGCGGCAGCGGCGGCGGUGGCGGCUCCUCCUCGCACAGCUUCCUGCGUAGCGGCGGCAUGAGCGGCAGCUCGCAUUUCCUGCGCAGCGGCUCGAGCAGCUGCUACGAGGCGGAGGACUUCGAGCCGGCGAGCUCGCGCCACUAUCACUCGUCCAGCCAGCACCGCGGCUACUACAGUCCGCCCGGCACCAGCUACACCAUCAUCGAGAGGCCGCCCAGCGCGCCCCACCACUACUCGUCCUCGCACGCCACCCCCUACAGGCACCGGGGACACACCUCCUCGCACACCGCUGGCAGCGGCGCCAUCUCGCCCGAGCAGGUUCUCAGGCUAUUCGGCAAUGGCCUGACGGAGCGUCGACAAAACGAGAGGCGCACGCCCGCAUCGAGUCCGGCUUCGGUGGCGGCCUUGCGCAACAGCUCGAGUUCGCAGCCGACCUCGUCGAGCGUGCAAGCGUCCCCGGCGCCGCAGUCCCUCAGCUUGCAAGAGCUCACGGUCAGGACGAUCACCAUGACCAGAGACCCACCCGACUCCCAUCACGGCUUUGGCAUUUGCGUCAAGGGCGGCAAAGACGCUGAUGCGCAGUCAGGGGUGGGAGUCUACAUUUCGCGAGUGGAGGAAGGCUCGGUUGCCGAGCGUGCUGGACUGCGGCCAGGCGACACCAUCCUGGAAGUGAACGGUACGCCCUUUCGGGCGGUCACCCACGAGGAGGCUCUCAAAAUGCUGAAAUCAUGCCGGACGCUGAGCAUGACGGUGCGAGGGCCGGCGAUAGAUCCUCGAUGCAGAGGCGGCCAUCCGGUUUGGUCGCAGAACCGACAACAGACCUGCAGUUGGAUGGACCGUCAGGGCAGACCAGCUUCGCCGCCUCCUGUCAAUCCACCGCGUGAUUCGCGUUACGCGGCCAGAACGCGUAAAGUCGACCUCUGCAUCGAGCCUGGACAGUCACUGGGUUUAAUGAUACGAGGUGGACUUGAGUACGGACUUGGUAUUUACAUCACUGGCGUCGAUAAGGAUAGCGUUGCCCAUCGAGCCGGUCUCAUGGUAGGCGAUCAAAUUCUAGAGGUGAAUGGUCAGAGCUUCGAGGAGGCGACACACGACGAGGCCGUGCAGAUCUUGAAGACGAACAAGAGGAUGAGCCUGGUGAUACGAGACGUUGGCAAGGUGCCCCACUCGUGUACGACCAGCCAACCGAUGGUUAUGCCAGUCUCGAGGUAUCAAGAUCACGACUCGCUGCUGCUGGAGAGUCCGGGAAAUCAUCGGCCGCCUAGUCCUGCUAGCAGUAUAAACGAGUGGAGGCACCGAGGCCCUGCGCCGAUCUCAGCGGCGACGGCCACUAUGGUCGAGGAGAAGGCUCGCGUGGUUUUGGCGCGCAGCGAGAGGGCCGCACUGUCGCAGCUUCUCGCCGACUACAGGAGCCGAAGACUGACCGUCGAGGACCUCGUGAUGAGCCUCGGCGACCUCCUCAACACCCACGAGAAGCUCACGCUGCUCACCGAGCUACGAGAACUCGUCGACAGCAAGGAUCGGCCGAUAUUCGAUGACCUCGUCUACCGACCCAGGCUUUCCAGGAGGAAAGGUGACAGGGUGCACAAUUCGGACCUCAUAGUAACGCCGUCGCUGCAUGAGCUUCCGAGGAUUGCAAGCGGCACCUGUUGCCGGCUGGGACGACCGAUGAUGGAUGUCGAAGGAGGUCCCCUGGGAACGACGGGGCCGCUUCUGCUACGAGAAAGCCAAGAGUGCCGAUCGCCCAGCGAGGACAGUGGCCUCGGCCCUGAAGUCCCCCGCAUCAGAGGGGGAUUCAGACGAACGCAGCGUCAGCAGCUUGCUCCAGCCGAGCUCGCGUUCUCCAACGAUGACGAGUACGAUAACCAGGACUACGACGACGAAAUAGAGGGAGACCGGAGCGGCAGACGUCACAGUUCUCCCGGUGGUUCUCGAAGCAAUCGGGAUUAUUCGCAUCACCAUUUGCUCGCCGACAAUUUGGAGAGCGACGGCGGUUGCGAGGGUAGCGACGCCGAGAUGGUGAUCGGUAACGGCAUCAGGCGCGUUCGCGAUACCACCGACGACGAAGAUGAUGGAAGGAAGGAGAGGAGCUCGGAGAGUGGCGGUGGUGGAGGUUUCGGUGGUUGGAGGACCCAUCUACUCGAUGGGCUUACGCAACGCGUCAAGUCCUGGUAUUGGGGCAGACCCCUCGAGUAUACGCACAAGCUUUCACGGAGUUAUGACAUACAGGAGGCCCAGCUGCUCGAGGAAGGCACUGGCCGAACUGCCGGUAGCGUCACCGCAGUGGGCCCGCCACGGAGGCAUCAUAGCGCUCAGAGGUUGACCGCUCGAGGCGACCUCGCUGACCGCCGCGAGGAGGAUGCCGCCAUCGUCGUGCCCGACCAGCAGGGCAACCUGCGUAUCAUCGUCAAGAAGAGCAGACCGACGCUGGGCAUCGCCAUCGAAGGCGGUGCCAAUACCAAGCAUCCUCUGCCUAGGAUCAUCAACAUCCACGAUAAUGGCGCUGCUUACGAUGCUGGUGGUCUGGAAGUUGGCCAACUGAUCCUGGAGGUCGACGGUCGCAAGGUCGAAGGAAUGCACCAUCAGGAAGUGGCAAGGUUGAUCGCGGAAUCAUUCGCACGAAGGGAUCGCAACGAAAUAGAGUUCCUAGUGGUCGAGGCGAAAAAGAGCAAUCUGGAGCCGAAACCAACGGCUCUGAUAUUUUUGGAAGCGUAGCAGGAAUCUCCCACCUCCGAGCCAGAGCCACCAUAGCUCGAAUCGCCGGCGAGGGGCCGAUGGUCAGAUGACGAAUACUCGAGAGGCGAAUAUCGCAGUGGAUGAAGGAUUAAAUUUGUUUCAAGUUUAACCUUCGAUGAAGGUAUUCAAACAAGCAAAUAAAAUCAUCUUCAAUACUGCACCUUUCGAGCGACGUUUGGCACAUCAUCCUUUCAUAUGGCCGGCGCAGAAUCGACUAAUUAUUCGAGCAAACUGGCUUCGGUGGUGGGAUACGAGCUGUCCAUAAGGACACAUUUAUACAAUGUACAGAUGCAUGGACUCUCACUUUGUCUGCGGAAAUAGAACAAAGUAAAAAUACAAAACUGUUAAAGACAUUUCUUAAGUGAUCCGAAUCUCAUAAGUGCGCGUAUGUCACAAAGCCGAUUAUUAUUAGAUUUAGAAGAAUAGAAUAGGAUGUAUAAUUUAUGAGUAAAAUAGUAUAAAUUAAUAAAUGUAGAAGAAAACCUCGAUAUGCACGUUAUACCAUCAGUACCUAAAACUUUAUUGAAAGAGAAAUGUUUAUCGACAUCAUUUCCUGUGCCAAAUAUUAACAACUUUCCGGUACUAUGUACAUAAUAAUAUAGCAAAGAAAUCUGGUGUUGAACCGUUGUGACAAAAAUAUAUGACUGAUGUGAAUUUUUCUGUCAGUUUUAAUGAAAAAAAUAGAGAGAUACUGAUAAUCUUAGAAAAUAUACGUUGCUACGACAAAGUAUUGCACUUACUGUUGACUAAUGUUACGUUACAAUAAAAAAGUCAGUUUCAAGGAAUAAAAAUCAAAUUUUAUACCAACGAAAACUAAUCUCAAAAUGUACACAAAUUAUUUUUAUUCCUUGUGUUUGAUUUUGUACACUGUAAAUGGGAAUUGUUGAAGCUUAUGAAGUUGUAUACUGUGCAUGCGGAUGUAAGUGAAGUUCUUGGCUUAAAAAAAAAAGAAAAAAGAAAAAAAAAGAAAAAUAAAUAAAGUUGUAUUCAUAAAUUUGUAGUCACCUUAGUUAUCUGAGAAAAUUUUACUUAUAAAAUAAACUAUGAUUUAGAAAUACAAAAAAAAAUAAAUAAAUGAAUAAAUAAAUCAAAUCAAAUGAUUGCAAAACUUAAUAAUUUGAUUGAAGUGUACCAUUUCUAAUUUAUUAAAAUAUCAUGAAUGUAAUAACAAUUUUUCAGCAAGAAGAAACGCACAUACUAUGAUGUUUUUGCAACAUUAGUACAACCAGCUGUGGAACUAUCUUUUAUUUUCGUCAUUAUUUGUUUUUUUAACAUGCUUGUAAAUUUGUUUGAUAACUGUACUGACUAUAAGCAGAAAAGAAUCUAUUGCAUUAAUUGUUGAUGUGCCAAAGUAAAUAGUUAAGUCAAAUAUUUGAUCGUUGAGUAUAAUGUACUACAUAUUAGGAAAAAUCAUUCAACAAUUAAAAAAUAAUCACGUGAUGAAACAUUUGAUAUAAAAUCAAUAAAGCGUAAAAACAUUUCCAAGUUGUUCGUUAAAAAAUGAUGUUUCGAAAUAUAAGCUUUGUAAAAAUUACUCGAUCAUUUUUUUAUAUUUAUGAAAAAGCAAAUAGAAAUGAGUAAUUUAUUAUAUUUAAAAUUCAUAGAUUAUGGUUAUUAAUAUUGUAAAUGUGAUAAUAUUUUAAAAUUGUAAUGCAGAAGGUGUAAUGUUAUGAACGAUUUAACAGCGUGGAACGUCUUACUCGAUUUCGUAGCACGCACAAUGCUGAUUAAAAAAUAAUAUAAUGUAAUACUAAAAGAGCACUGCUUUUUACAAAUUGCGUCAUUGCACAUAAGAGACCAAAUUUAUCAAAUUAAGAUUAAUAUGCAAAAGACGAUUGAAAUAAUUUAAGCAAUCCUAAACUGUCAAACUCUCUGAUAAAGAAAGACAAUGUAAAAAAAUAAUGGCAAUGUUUACUAAACUUUCAAGAUAUAUAGCCAAAUCGAGAAAAACGAGAGUCAUUAAUUGUAUAUUAAUCUGUCAUCUUAUCAAAUUGUUUCGAUAGAAACUCUCGUAAAAUGCUAUAAAUAGAUUGUCAAAAACUAUUUUUCUGCUCAAUACAAAACAUUUGCACAUUAUUUUCCCAUUCUACAUUAACAUUCAUCUAUAUGUACAUCAUUGUAUAAACACACUUUUUCGGUAGACCUUUGCCUCAGAGUUUCUAUCGGAAUAAUUUAAAAGGUCGCCAAAAAGAAAAAGAAUUAAAUGAAAUAAAAGUUUUCUUUCAAAGCGAAUGUUUUUUGAGAAUCAUGAGAUAUAAAUAUUUUUAUAAGCGGCUUUCGAAAUACGCGCUGUGUCCGAAUAGCCAAAGAUUUCAGCUAACAUAUCUGAACAAUGCCUUAUCGCUUUGUGUGUCGAAUAAUGAACGAAAAACUAUUACUAAAAGAGCAUUUCACGCCGUAAAGACAUUUCGACUCAACUUUGAUAAUUUCGUUGAAUUGGACAUGGAAAUUGAACUCGAAUUCAGCAUCAAAACUUUUUUUUAUAAAUUUUCGGUUCUUGCUAAUAUUUAAAUAUCAAUUGUACCUCAAGCGAUUUAAAUAAACGAAAUUCGUAUAAACAUAAACCAUUCUAUGUAGGCAUAUUUUUUUUAAUUAUUGAAGUAAUUUAAAAUAUUAAAUAUAUAAAAUAUUAUGAAUGCGAGCAAUUUUAGGUAAAAGAUCUCUUUAAAAUAUUGUGAUGAAACUAAUGAAUAAAUGAACUUAUUACACGAAAUAUUAUUCGAGCAUGUGCAAGGAAUAUUGAUAUUGCCUUUUAUUCUAGUGCAUUAAAAUAAAUAAAAUAAUUCAUUAAACUCAAGAUAUACAAUUGGAUCAUUGUUAAUCUGUCACGAGCUUAGAUUGAAUAGCCAGGAAUGUUAUAGAAGUGCAUUAUUUAAUUUGUUUUAUUCAUAAAGACAAUGUGAAAUAGAAAACUCUAUAUUUAUGUCUUUAGUUAAUAGUUUGUUGAAAAAUUCUAGGAGUAUAGUUAUAUUCGACAUUUUAUUUUAGGCAGAAAGUUGAUGUUGAAAUCGAGUUGAUCAUUUAGAAAAUUAAUUUAUACAUAGUAAAUAACCAGUUUUCUAAGAUAACAUUGAGAAAUAAAAAUGAAAUAGUUAAAUACGACAUUACUUCUGUGUAUAAUUAUCAAAAAUUUUAUGAUCGUAGGAAAAAAAAGUUAUAGAAACUGAUCAUAGCAACUAGAUGAAAAUAUUCAAUAAAAACGUAAAAACGAAGUUUGGAAGAAAUAGAAAUAACAAAUAUAAUCGUACGCGAUACCUUUAUUUCAAUUGCUAUUAAAACUUCAAAAGUAAUUAUGAUUUAUUUUACAUUUCUCAUAUUUGUGAAUGACGAUAUCUUUCACAAACGUAAAGUCAUAGACAAAUUAUACAAUUUUAUGAAACGAAACUUUUAAAUUACAAGCUUUAAAAAAUAAAGCUUGCUAAUGUUUGAACGAAUGACCAAAUUUUAAUUUAUAAUCAUUAAAGAAAACGGAACUAACUGAUGAGCAUAAAUAUAAAUGUUACAAAUUUGAGUAUGAAAUACAAACAACUCUUUAUUCACAAAAUUGUAUGUUCGACGAUAUACAGAUUUGUUAUAUUUUGUUUGUCCGUAUUUCAUAUGGUUAUAUAGAUAUUUUAUAGCAAACUGCAGACUUAAUAUUUUAGUGCGCAUAAAUUAUUAUAAAAAACCAUUCGUGAGAAACGCACGUCAAAUGUUGCAUACCAACAUAUACAUUUAAAAUAUGAUUUACUUUAACACGUCGUGAUGUCAAAGCAUGGUUAUGGUUAUGAUUAUAAAAAAGUGAUUAUUAAUACGAUUAUUAUCAAUUAUAUUAUUGUAAUUAUAAUAAAAUGUU